AUGGCGGCCGUUCCUGCCCUCACCGAUGCCGCCGACUCGGAGGCAAAGCCAGGGCACGGAAGACGAGCGUCGCGGGGGCCGUCCGCGCUGGAGCAGCACAUCUCGCGCACGCGCAUGACUAACCUGCCGCCAAAGGCACGUGCCGAGGACGUCAAGCACCUGUCCGACUUCGAAGAGAUGAUGAAGCUGUACAAGCAGAGCGAAAGGAAACGGCAGGAGCUUGACGAAGAGCGCAAACGAGUCAAAGACGCAGAGCUCUCCGCCGCGCAGUCAAUCUGGUCCGAUGAGAUCCUGCCGUCGUGGACGCGAGCACGGCGCGAGGCACGUCUGCGUCAGGUGUGGUGGCGCGGCGCGCCGCCCAAUCUGCGAGGCCGAGUCUGGGCUCUGGCGUGUGGCAACGCACAGAUGCUGCCGCGCAACUUGUUCACCUCGGCCGCCAGCGCAGCGCGCACCGCGCGCGCCGACGGCACCUUCCCGGCCAGCGACGACGAGGCAAUCGAGGCAGACAUUGCCAGCACACUGCCGAGCCUCAAGCUGUUCCAGAGGGACACGGGUCCGCUCUUUGACGAUCUGCGCGACGUGAGCAGAGCGCGCACCCAUGCUGGAGCGAAGCGCGGAGCUGACUGCCAUUCCGUGCCAGGUGCGGCCCCGCUGGCGGCGAUGCUGCUGGCGAACCUCUCGCCGUCAGAGACGCUCGUCGCGCUGCUGAAUCUGCUGGCUGAGCGGCCAUGGCUGCGAGCUCUGUAUGCUCCAGCGCCGGCGCCGGCGGCGGGAGACACGCACCUGCACACCAAGACGCCUGGCGCGCCCGCCUUCCGCCAAGACGCAGCUGCUGGGUUCGAGCGCGUCUUUGACACGCUGCUUGCCGACCAGAUGCCAAAGGUCUACGCCAACAUGCAGGCGCGCGGCGUGCGCCCGAGCGCCUACGUGCGCGAUUGGGUGCGCACGCUCUUCGUGCCGUUCCUGCCGUUUGACGCAGUCGCGAGGCUGUGGGACUGCAUCCUGCUCGAGGAGGGCGAUGCCCUCAUCUUCCGUGCCGGCCUGGCAAUCGUCAAGCUGCUCUCCGCUCGGCUGUACGCGCCCGACCGCGCCGAGCUAACGUCCAUCCUGCGAGGCAACAACGCCGCUGCACUGCGCGUCUACUAUCGCGACGCGUCGAUGGACGCUGCCUGGGUGCCGAGGGACAACGUCUACGCGCAAUACGGCAUCGGCGAGGAGCAGCUCUUUGCCACGCUCGAGGAGCAGAACGAGUGGUGGCGCGACAGCACCCUCGAGCGCCUGCUCGAUCGCGAGCUGAGCGGCUAG